CUCUCUCCGCAGGCCCAAGGGAGAUUGGCACCUUUGGGCGGAGAUGACACAGGGCUCACUCCAGGGAACGCAGAGAGGCACCGAGCUCGGGGGAAGCCCUGGGGUCUGCCAGCUCCCAGGGACAGCCAGAGCCUGGGGAGACACCGAGCCCAGAGAAGGAGGUUCACUUUCCCACCUUCUCUGUGACACCCCCACCCCCCAUCCUGUCCUGCUCUUCUCACCUUAUUCUGGGCAUGUAAAGAGCUGAUUCAGGCAGCAAGGGGACUGCCCAUCAACAAGACACAGAAGAGACAUGGCCUCAGCGGUGCCCAUAGGGAAAGCACUAGAAGAAGCCACAUGCUCCAUCUGCCUGGAGUAUCUGACGGAGCCAGUGACCAUAGAGUGUGGGCACAACUUCUGCCGAGCCUGCAUCACCCAGUACAGUGAGCGAAGGAAGUCUCAAUCAGGCACAAAGUUCCCCUGUCCUGAGUGCCGAGCGCUGUUCCAGAAAGGGAAUUUCAGGCCCAACAGGCAGCUGGCCAAUAUCAUAGAAAGCAUCAAACCACUGAGGUUACAGCCUGGGCAAGCGCAGAAUGAGAAUCUGUGUGAGACGCACAAGGAAAAACUCCAACUCUUCUAUAAGGAGGAUGGAAAAGCCACCUGUGCGGUCCCCAUAGAAGAAGUUGCCCAGGGUUAUAAGGUAAAACUCCAGGAAAUCCUGGGUCCUCUGAGGCAGAAGCUGGAGGAGGCCCUGGCACUGGUGUCUGCAGAGGAAAAGAAAAUCAGGGAGUGGCAGGGCAGAGUGGAGAAUCGGAGGCAGUCGAUCACACGUGAAUUUAAGACGCUGCACCAGCUGCUGAGUGAGGAAAAGCAGCUGUUGCUGCGGAGGCUGGCGGAGGAGGAGCGGGAGACUCUGCAGAGACUCCAGGACAAUCACACACAGCUCUCGGAGCAGAGCGCUGCCCUGAUCAAUCGUAUCACAGAGCUAGAGGAGAAGUGUCAGCAACCGGCCGCCGAGCUGCUGCAGGGUGUGAAAAGCGCAUUGAUCAGGAGUGAGUGUGUGAAACUCCAGCCACCAGAAGCCGUUUCUCCUGCCCUGAAGAGCGGGUAUAAAAUCUGCCUUGACAUGAGGGAAAUGUUGAAGAGAUUCACCCUGGACGUGACUCUGGAUCCAGACACGGCUCAUCCCAAUCUUGUUCUGUCUCAGGAUAGGAAAAGUGUGAGACACAAAACCAAACGACAAAAUCUGCCCAAUAAUCCUGAGAGAUUUGAUCCCUGUGUCUUCGUCCUGGGCGCUGAGGGAUUCACGGGUGGGAGGCAUUACUGGGAGGUGGAGGUGGGAGACAAGACUAGGUGGACCCUGGGGGUUUGUAAGGAGUCUGUGAGCAGGAAGAGUCCAGAUCACCUGUCACCUAAAAACGGAUACUGGACUGUGUGUCUGAGGGAUGGGGAAUAUGAGGCCCUCACCUUCCCCGCAACCCCCCUCCAUGUGGGCAUCAGACCCAGCCAGGUAGGGAUUUUCCUGGACUAUAAGGCAGGCGAGGUCUCCUUUUACAAUGUGUCUGACAGGUCCCAUCUCUUCACCUUCACUGACCCCUUCUCUGGGACAGUCCGCCCUUUCUUCAGUCCCUGUGCCAAGGCUGGAGGUAAAAAUGCAGCUCCCCUGAUAAUCUGCUCAGUCCCAGCUCAGGCCAGAGGGAAUCUUGGUCCUUGAGGGUGACACCUAAGCUGGUCACUCACACAUUGCCAGAAAACCAGACUUCCCGACCCUUCUGGAACAGCGUGACCCUGCCCCCAUGGGUGUGAUGGUGGAAAGGUCAUCGUCUUCCCCCACUUCCCAACCCCACCCCUCUCACUUUCCAGAACCCAUGAUGGGGGGGAGAGGAGAUAGGGGUGCAGGUGCAGGCUGCUGGGCUGUGUAGGGUCCAGGGUAGGGAGGAGUUUGUAGAAGCAGGAAGGGAAAAGCCCAGAUCAUAAGAGGAAGGCUGGGGGGAGGCAGGGCCACCUG